AGAGUUUAUUGAAGAAAGUGAGGAGAACAAAAAAUGGAGUGAAGUUGAGGAGAAAAAUCAUGUCAAAACUGGAGAAAAACCUUUGAGAGCUAAGAAAACUUUCACAUGCACUCAGUGUGGAAAGAGUUUCACAUACAAAUGUCAUCUUGAUUUUCACACGAGAUUUCACACUGGAGAGAAACUGUUCACUUGUAAACAAUGUGGGAACAGUUUUACACAAAAAAAGAAGCCUUAUGGCACAUAUGAGCGUUCAUACUGGAGAAAAACCUUACAAGUGUUCACACUGUGACAAGAGAUUCAGUGAUUCAGGAGACCUGAAAAAACAUGAGAGGAUCCACACUGGACCAAAACCUUAUGAGUGUUCACACUGUGACAAGACAUUCAAUAGGAUAACAAAACUGAAAACACAUGAGAGGAUCCACACUGGAGAGAAACCGUACACAUGCAAUCAAUGUAAUAAAACAUUUUUGAGCGCUUCAGACCUGAAGAAACACCUGACAGUUCAUACAAAGGAGAAGCCAUAUACAUGUUAUUUGGGUGCAAAGAAUUUUUCUAAUUUUUCAGUUUUGAAAAUACAUCAGAAAACAUAUACUGGUGUAAAAAAGUACAAGUGCUCAGAGUGUGAAAUCACUUUUACUUCAGUGGGCAGUUUAAAACAGCAUGAGAUGAUCCACACUGGAGAAAAACCUUAUAAGUGUUUACACUGUGACAAGAGAUUCACUCAGUCAGGAUACCUGAAAAUACAUGAGAUGAUCCACACUGGAGAAAAACCUUUUGAGUGUUCACACUGUGACAAGAGAUUCACUCAGUCAGGAUACCUGAAAAAACAUGAGAGGAUCCACACUGGAGAGAAACCUUUUGAGUGUUCACACUGUGACAAGAGAUUCAAUAGGUCAGCAGACCUGAAAAAACAUGAGAGGAUCCACACUGGAGAGAAACCUUACGAGUGUUCACAUUGUGACAAGAGAUUCACUCAGUCAGUACACCUGAAAACACACGAGAGGAUCCACACUGGAGAGAAACCUUAUCACUGCACUGAAUGUGGGACGUGCUUCAGUCAUUCAUCUGCUCUACACAUACAUACAAAAAACUAUCACAGUAAGGCCCCGUACAAACAGAGAUGAUGCCUUUAGCUGUAUAUGUACAAAUUUUGUAUCCUAUUGGUGUGUCCUCUAGACGGAUCCGGUGUUUUGGCAGCAUGAAACUGCGAAUUUUUCUUAACUGGUCCCAGAGUGGAUCGAUCUGAUGUGUUUACAAUGUGUUUACACUCUGCUUUUGAAGAAAUAUUGUAAUAUCAUGCUACAGUGUACAUUCUGUCAGCUGCAGUUCUGGAGACUCUGAUGUGAAUGCAUGUGAUGUUGUACAGUUCAGACAGUGUUAACUCGGCUUUAGAGUUACUCUCAGGGGUCACUGCACUUAUUCGCAGACACAAAAGUACAAUAUUUGCAUGUGCUUUAAAGCCUUGCUGGUUAAAAGUUUCAUUCAUGCGCUGGUCUGAUGUAUGCCUUUUCUGAGCAUCACA